UGUCUUGCCCUAGGAAUGUCGAGAGAUGCUGUGAAGUUCGGGAGGAUGUCCAAAAAGCAGCGGGACAGCCUGUAUGCUGAGGUGCAGAAGCACCAGCAGCGGCUGCAGGAGCAGCGGCAGCAGCAGAGUGGGGAGGCAGAGGCCCUGGCCAGGGUGUACAGCAGCAGCAUCAGCAAUGGCCUCAGCAACCUGAACACCGAGACCGGCGGCACCUACGCCAAUGGGCACGUCAUUGACUUGCCGAAAUCCGAGGGAUAUUACAACAUAGAUUCUGGUCAGCCAUCUCCCGAUCAGUCAGGACUGGACAUGACUGGAAUCAAACAGAUAAAGCAAGAACCUAUCUAUGACCUCACAUCCGUACCCAACUUGUUUACCUAUAGCUCUUUCAACAAUGGGCAGUUAGCUCCGGGGAUAACGAUGACUGAGAUCGAUCGAAUUGCACAGAACAUCAUUAAGUCCCAUCUGGAGACAUGUCAGUACACAAUGGAAGAGCUACAUCAGCUGGCAUGGCAGACCCACACCUACGAGGAAAUAAAAGCGUAUCAAAGCAAGUCCAGGGAGGCUCUGUGGCAGCAGUGUGCCAUCCAGAUCACCCACGCCAUCCAGUACGUGGUGGAGUUCGCAAAGCGGAUAACAGGCUUCAUGGAGUUGUGUCAGAAUGACCAGAUUUUACUUCUGAAGUCAGGUUGCUUGGAAGUGGUUUUAGUGAGAAUGUGCCGUGCCUUCAACCCAUUAAACAACACUGUUCUGUUUGAAGGAAAAUAUGGAGGAAUGCAAAUGUUCAAAGCCUUAGGUUCUGAUGACCUGGUGAACGAAGCAUUUGACUUUGCAAAGAAUCUGUGUUCCUUGCAGCUGACUGAGGAGGAGAUUGCUUUGUUCUCCUCUGCUGUUCUGAUAUCCCCAGACCGAGCCUGGCUGAUAGAACCAAGAAAAGUCCAGAAGCUUCAGGAAAAAAUCUAUUUUGCACUUCAACAUGUGAUUCAGAAGAAUCACCUGGAUGAUGAGACCCUGGCAAAGUUAAUAGCCAAGAUACCAACUAUCACGGCAGUCUGCAACUUGCAUGGGGAGAAGCUGCAGGUCUUUAAGCAGUCUCAUCCAGACAUAGUGAAUACACUGUUUCCUCCAUUGUACAAGGAGCUCUUUAAUCCUGACUGUGCUGCGGUCUGCAAAUGAAGGGGAUGAGAACUCUCAGAGUCAUGGAAUGCAUCGCCGUUAAGACAAAAGCAAUGUGUUCAUGGAGACUUAAGGAAAAUGUCACUACUGCAACAUUAGGAAUGUCCUGCACUUAAUAGAAUUAUUUUUCACCGCUACAGUUUGAAGAAUGUAAAUAUGCACCUGAGUGGGGCUCUUUGGUUUGUUUGUUUGUUUGUUUGUUUUUGAAAUGAUCAUAAAUAUACAAAUAUAGGACACU